GCCCGGUGUCCCGCGGCUGGUCGUGACCCAGUUCCCUCUCUCCCCGCCCCCAGCAAAGGGCAGCCCCGGAGGACGCCCAGUGGCUGCCGUGCUGUAGCCCCGCAGAACGCCCAGCAGCAAGCUCGGCUCCGGGCAGAGAGGAGAGCCGGAAUGGAGUCCCUGCACCCUCGGAGCUUCUGCUUACCCGAGGCUCUCCCGGGUGCCGCGGGCAAAGCCCCGGGUCCGAGUGGCGCCAGCAUCUCUUUGUGGACGGUGGUGGCGGCCGUGCAGGCGAUGGAACGGAGCGUGGACGCCCACACCUCGAGGCUGCUCAGCCUGGAGCACCGCGCGGUGACCGCCGAGAAGAAGUACUUGGACUACGAGAAAACGGUGGUGGAUUUCGGGAACCAGCUGGAGAGCAAGCUGGCCGUGCUGGGCACCCUGAUCCAGGAGUAUGGGCAGCUCCAGCGGCGCCUGGAGAACAUGGAGAACCUGCUCAAGAACAGGAACUUCUGGAUCCUCCGCCUGCCCCCUGGGGGAGAGGUCUCCAAGUUGCAGGCUUUGGUGGAGAGCAAGGUCACAUCCUUCUCCCCUCAGGAGUGGGAGGGUCUGGAGAGCUGGCAGAGAGAGCUGUACACCACUGUGCUCAGAGGGAAGAAUGAAGCUCUCAUCUCUCUGGAUGAUGCAAUCUCCAAACCCGAGCUCCUGACCCAGCUUCAGAGGGUAGAAACUCCCUGCAACGAGGAUGAGACAGCUUCAGGAGAAGCUCUGGCAGCACCAACUGCAGCAGCCCACAGCUUGCCAGAGCUGAGCUCUGUGGAUGGCGUGAAGCAGGAGGACAAGCCAUGUGUGGAGGAGCGAGAAGCCAUGGAGGUUGUGGAGCUCACCGAGCUCAGCGUGGUGCCGGUAGAGGAGGUGAUAACUUUCAAAGUGGAGCAGCAGGACACCGAGGAAUGUUCCCACAGCUCGGAGCCCCCUGUGGCAGAGGAGCUGCUGUUCCAGGUUCCCAGCGGGGCGCUGCCUUUCCAUCAUCAGAACAGCUCUCCCGUGGAGCAGGGAAACCAGAACAUGAGCAGACUGCUCUCAUCCACACCAGGGGAAGAGGACCUCGGUGACAGCAACGCUGUCAUCUUCUGCAGGCAGAACGGUCCCAGCAAGAGGCCUCGCUCGUGUGCGGUGGGUGGGAAGGGCUCCUCUCUGAGCAAGGCGUGGAUGGCUCACCAGGAGAGCCACGGCACGCAGUGGGGCAGCGAGCACGCUGGCGAUGAGGAGGGCUUCCUGCAGCAGCAGCAGCAUGUCCUGACCCUUGCAGAAGGCAGGACCCACAUGGAGAACGGGGCCCUCCUGCAAGAUGUGAUCCGCAUGGAUGGUGAGACCCAGAUGGAGAGCGGGGCCUUUGCGAAAGGCAGGACCCACUUAGGAGAGAGGACUCAGGUGUCUAUGGAGAGGUUCAAGCAGGCCCAGAACUCAAAAACCCAUGCCAGUGUCCCAGCCCUGGACAUGUCCAGCAACCUCAGGUGCAUGAAAAGUGUCAGCAACAUCAGCUGCAAGGCAGGUCGGAGGCUUCAGCGACAGGGCAGGACUUACAAGUGUGACAAGUGCCAGGAGUGCUUCUCUGAGAAGAAGACGCUCAUCGUUCACCAGCGCGUCCACUCGGGGCGCAAAGGAGGGGUCCUCUGGUGCCCAUACUGUGGGAAGACCUUCAGCCACCCCUCCAACCUGAUCAGGCACCAGCGCAUCCACACCGGGGAGAGGCCAUACCAGUGCCCCGAGUGCCCAAAGCGCUUCACCCAGAAGCAGCACCUCCUGCAGCAUGAGAAGAUCCACCUGCGCCAGAGGGGCUGCCUGGUCACGCAGAGCAUGAGGCAGGCAGCACUACACAGCUUCACUGAGGUGAAUCUCUCUGCACCCACCUCUGGGGAGCUCACAGACGCCCGUGUGCUGAAGCAUCUUCAGCCAAGGUUGUUCCUGGUGCCACCUCAUCCUCAUGCUGUCGAGGUCUUUAAUAUCUCAGCUCUUGAGUGCACAUGUGGUGAGCCCCUCUCCGUGCAGUCCCCGAUCCCCGCCCCGAGUGCGGGACGAUCCUCGCUCCCUCCCGGCCCCGCCCCGCCACCAGGGGGCGCCGCAGUGCGUGCCGCGGGGCUGCGCCAGGGGGCGCUGUGGGACCGGAGCGCGGCGGGGCCGGGCUGGGGCUGGGCCGGGGCUGGGUCGGUGUCAGCGGCGCCGGGGCCAGGUUCGGCGGGAUCGGUUUGGAUCGACGGGGCCGGGUCGGGAUCGGCGGGCAUGGCCGGACCCCGUGUCGGGCAGGCGGAGGCGGUGGCGGCGCGGCUGCUCCGGUUGGAAGCCCGGUUGGCGCGGGCGGAACGGCAGCUGCGGGCCGCCCUGGCUCUGCGGGGCCGGCUCCAAGCGCUGGAGCGGCGGUUGGAGAACAGCGGCGGCGGCGGCGGCAGCGGCAGCGGCGGCGGCGGCGGCGGGGCGGCCCCGCGGGUUGCGGCGAGGCGCGGCCCCGGGCGGGAGGCGGCGCGGCCCCGGGCGGCGCGGGGCCCGGUGAGCCUGGAGGACGUGUGGGUGCAGUUCGGGCAGCGCGAGUGGCGGGCACUGCGCGGCUGGCAGCGCGCCCUGAACCGGGCCGUGCUCCGCAGCAACCCCCGACCGCUGUUGCCCCCCGAGCCUGGCACCCCCAGACGUGAUGCCCGGGCCCGAUGGGAAGAUGGGAACCAGCCCUGCGAGGAUGAGAACGAGAGAGGUGACCCUGUGGAGAGUGGCAGCGAAGACAGCAUAAUCCAUAUUAAGCAAGAGGAAGAGUUGUGUGCUGCAGAGCAGCAGCAGGAGGAGGCUGGAGAAGCUCCUGAAGAGCCCUGCCCGGCAGAACAAACAUUUUAUGAGCCUGAGGCUCCAUGUCAGAGCAAGCAAGACAAAGAGACAUGUGCUGAGGAGGGCGAGGACCUCCCGAGGGACCCUGAGGCAGGGUUCCAGCCCUACCCAACCCACGUUUUAUCAUGGAUUAAACAAGAGGAGGAGCCACGGUGCCCUGAACCACAAGGCUUGGAGAAGGAAGAAACCUCUGCAGAUGCAAGUGCAGUGCACAAUGAAAACAAAAAACCAGACCCUCCAGCGGAUUGCUUUGAAAGCACAACCUGUGACUCAGAGCUACCAGGAAGAGCUGGAGAGAAGUUUCCCAAGGAUCCUAGCCCUGGAGUGACUUGGGAUGGUCAGUGGAAUUCAGAAAUGAUGGAAACAACCACCACUGGGAGCAGCCUUGGGGGCGACAUUCGGUAUGACCGAGGGUUUGCUGAGCAGUUGGAUUUCUUUAGCACUCAGGAAAACAUCACUGGGAAGAGACCCUGCACGUACAGCAGAUGUGAGAGGAGCUCCGGCCAGCAGGAGCAUCUCCAGCCUCCCACCAUGGGAGCCCGAGAAGGGGAGACAUUUCCAGGCCCCACAUGUGAGAGGAGUCUCAGUGAAAGGGUUUUCCACCUGCUGCACCCCCAACCAUGUGCUCCAGGGGAGAAGGACAUGGGGCUGGGGGUUGCUGCUGCCUCUUGUGAGGGGCUGCAACCGGUGCGUGGCCAGACCCCUGUGGACAGAGCCAGGCUUGCUGCCCACGACGGCCUGAGCGCAGAGGAGCAGCCGUCUGUAGAAGGAGAGGAAAACUUCCCAGUGGAGAACCCGUUAGCCAGCCCCUGUUGGGAUCACCCACCGGAUAAACCGGAGGGGUGCACGCGGUGCCGGCAGCACCUGGCACCCCGGGGCAGCCCAGUGAGCCAGCAGCAGGGCCAGGGCAGGGGCAAGUCCUACAUCUGCAGUGACUGUGGGAAAAGCUUCGUUUGCCAUUCGUGGCUCGUUAGGCACCAGAUGACUCACACGGAUGAGAGGCCCUACAAGUGCUCCGAGUGUGACAAAAGCUACAGGAGAAAGGAUUACCUCCUGAACCACCAGCGGCGGCACUCGGGAGAGGGCCUUUUCCAGUGCCCGCUCUGCAGGAAGAGGUUUGUGCUCAGGAGGAGUUUCAUGAAGCAUCAGGAAAGCCACGUUCAAGAAACACACCUGACAUUGGCUGGUUGGCCCUGCACGGAGAUCAGGGGGUCUGUGAUGCACUCCAUAUAGAAACACCCACCCAGGCGGGGGUCUCACAGCCCCCUUGGCCCUUGCCUUUGCUGGGCUGGAGGCAGGCUUGUGGCAGGAUCCCCCCAGCUCUGCGCUGGACCGUGAGUGGGAGGAGGGAGGCUGCCCAACGGCCAUCCUGAGGCCCUUCACAGGCAACGGGGGAAGGCUGAUGAGGUUAUUUUCCACUGCAGAGCAGUUCAGCGGCUCUCACGGUGGCACUGUGGCAGUGCCUGGUGCUGCAGGGGACGUGGUGGAGCUGUGGAGGAAAGUCUGUGGCACUCAGUCAUGAAUGCACAUGGGAAAGAAAUCCACACACGGAACAAUCUGUAAUGCUUCAAGCUGGAGAAGCCCUCAAACGUCAUCCCUGUGCUGCUGAGAGUUCACAGACAGGGCUGAAAACCGAGUGUUGGAGCCACUAAUUGUCCAUAAACAAGUAAACUGUGUUAGGAAACCCCCUCUGGGUGUGAAAUGCUUCCAGAAAGGAAGUGUUGAGCCUGUGGCUGUUUUAAGAAAAGCCUAUUCAGGAAGAGGGGAAGCAGAACCUGAGAGGCAGCUGGUUCCCCCAGUUAAAUCACAGAGCCUGUGGGGCUCUUGGGCUGCCAAGCUCUGAGGAAGAAUUCCUGAAGGCUGGGGUUGUAAGAUGAGCCUAGAAUGUGGUUUUCAUUUUGCAUAGCCUUAAAAGUUGUGUUGCACUUAACUUUACCGCCUCGUCCCGGGUCUUCUGCGUUGGUUCAGUGUUCCCAAUCCUGUGAAAUCAGAACGUUUUAAGUGCUGGAUAGAUGUUCACCUUCAGAAAGCUGUGGUUUCGCUCGGAUUCAGUGUCUCUGAACACUGCUGAGUGCCCGACAUGUCGUGACACUGCGAGAAGAUGAUUCCUUUAGUAAUAAAAAGAGUCUGGGCAGAGCAUCUGUCACCUCAUGGACGGCGCUGAGCCUCGUGGAAAGCAAACGCAGAAGCAGCUGCCGCUGGCUGCGUCAGGCAAGAGCUAUUUUGGCUCCUGGGCUGUCAGACCGUCGUGACAAAGGCGGUCAAAGAGCCUUUUCCCGCGCGUGUUUCUGCUUUGCUUCGGAUGGCUUUUUGUUGGCUCUUUUCAGAGUAUUAUUAUUUAUUAAAAUCGCUGGAGAAA